GGUAGCGCCAGACAGUUGUUUCAACGCCUUCAAGGGCCAAUGGAAGAGGAUACCCUAAAGGUGCAUUUUGAAAAGAUAAUUUUGAUCAGACAUCAACGCCAUUCAUGCAGGAGUCAGAACGAUGGCCAAGAAAUGAAGCAAUAGUUCCAGCUCAUAACUCUCAUGUUGUGGCUCUUUCACAAGUUAUCCCAAACAACUUGAGUGGUGGCAUAUUGACGCCACUUGAUCUGUGUGAUUCAAUCAUAUCAAGCCCAGACGUUACUACACUUGGCUAUCAGGGAUCUCAUACAAGUGGUUUGGCUAUCACAAGUCAUCCAGGCUCUGUAACCCCUGUUCUUCCUACCACUAGUGCAAACAAUGUGUUACAAACCUCUCCUGGAAUGGUCCUAUGCAGUGGUUUACCUUCACCUUCUAACCCUCUAAGUGCUGCUUCUAGGGAUGCCCAGAGAAAUAGUAUGCCUAUAUCUGUUUCUUUACCCGUUGAUGAACAGCAAAGAAUGCGAUACAACCAAAUGCUUUCUGGUAGAAAUGUUCAGCAAUCUGGUUUGCCUGUUCCUGGAAACUUACCUGUGGAUCGAGGAAUGAUGUCUACUAGUGCGAUGGGGAUGAUGUGUGGGAUGAACCGGGGAAUGCCCUCCAUGCCUAGAGCAGGGUUUCAAGGAAUUAAUUCCCCAGAGAUGCUUAACAUGGUGCCUACUAGUGCGAUGAUGCUUUCAGGAAAUGGUGUUACAAAUCCUGUCACUGCUCACCAAGGGAACUCAAUGUUGAGGCCUCAUGAUACUAUGCAUAUGCUUCGGCCUGGUCAGACUACUGAGGAACAUAGGCAGAUGAUGCAAGAACUGCAAAUGCAGGUUUCUCCGGGGAGUGGUCAGGCUGUCGGCACGUUCAAUGGUAUGAGUGGCCCUUUCUCUAAUGCAUCUGUCUCUCCUCCUGUUCAGACAUUCCCAGUGCAUCAGCAUCAAAAGCCACAUCUAUUGGGCAAUUGUCACGCUCAUAUUCAAGGUUCUAACCAUUCAAGUCCUCAGCAGCAGGCCUAUGCUACUCGAUAUCUUACCUCAACCACAAGCAUCUUUUCCCAGCUCCAAUGCAAUUUCACCUAUACAAAACAGUUCUCAAACUUCAACAGCAAACACAAUUGUCAACCUCUGCCAGCUCAACCACUACUGCAGCAACAACAACAACAGCAGCGUCAGACAAAUACAAUCCUCAUCUGAUACAGUUCAAGGUAAUCAGCUGGUUUCUGGUACGUCAGUGGUCCAAUGCACAGAUUCAGUCAAUCCCACUUCUGUGGCGUCCUCUUCAACACAGUGGAAAGCAGAACCUUCACAUGAUAUAAGCAUGCCAUCUUAGAGUGCUCACUUGGCUAGUUCACCCCAAGAAAAUCUGCUGACUAAUGACACAGUAGCACCCCCUUUGAGUCAAGCUUCCUCACAGAGGCAGUUUUCAGGCUCAAUGCAUGGACAUGGAAUUGGAGGGCAGUGGCAGCAACAGCAGCAACCUCAGUCACAACAAUCACAACCAUCUCAGCAUCAGCAUCGGCAAACAUCACAAACUAAUUUAUAUGUGCAAUCUUCGAACUCAGGGCCUGUACAAAUGAUGCUAUUGUACAGGCGGUGAGAGCUGGGCUGGGGCAUGCUAUCAUGAUCUUGGCUUUGUGCUUAGAACUUACCGUAUUCUCAAGCACUUGUAAGCCAGGUACUAAGCCAAUUGUCUCACCUUAUGUAAUGUUCUGUUUUUUUAACUUCACCAGCUAAUUCUCUCCAUUGGCAGAAGAGCUCAAAUUCUGUAAUGUUUGUAAUGCUAGUCGAUAUUAUACUGGAUUUUUUUUUAAGCUUGUGCAAUAUAGUAUGGUUCUUAUUCAAGUGUGUACAUCCUCUCUGAGACACUUUUAGUAGUUCAUGAGGAGCUGCUUCCUCUUUAGUUUGUGCAUGGAAUCCAGUGUUUAUAAGAAUACUUAAUUCU